AUGUCUUUUUAUCAGAGUUCCAUGCUUUGUUGGUUUUUCUGCAAAAAGGUAUGUAGGGAAAGUGUUUUUUUAAAAUGCUUUGUGGUUGUCCAAGACAGAAUGUAAAUCAUAGUUCAGUGAAGUAAGGGUAACUUACAUAAAGGGUUUUGUGUUAUGCAAGAAAUUAUAACUAAAAAUUGAAGAAAAGUGAACUGAAAAAAUUAUGUAGAGAAGGAGAUGAAGUAAGUAGUGUUCAAACCUUAAAGUCCUGUUAGCUUGGACAGGCAAUGUGUAUUUAUGUACCAUUUGUGAAAUUACAGUUUUGGUAGGCGAUCCUUGAAAAUUGAAUGUGGUCCUUGAAAAGGCCUUAAAAAAAGGUUGCCACAUUUUGUAUGAACCCUGUAGGACUCAAAGUCAUCAUUCAAAACCUUGUGAAUAAAUAUUAUGAGUUGCUAUAGAAUGAAAUAUUUUUUUCUGGCUCUAUUUUCUUCCCUUUUAAAAGAGGUAUUAUAGCUUUCCAUUAUGCUUUAAAUACCUAAUGAUAAUGAUUUUUUGAAAUUUAAACAAGGUAAAUUUUGCUGUUUUUGGACUAGGGAGAAAUGAGGUAAGAAACUUGGAACAGUGCAUUACCCUGGAAACCCAUGCAGCACUUAAAAGAGAAAAGGCAAAGUGGUUGUGGUAAUAAACCAUAUAUGUAUAUUCAAUUACCGGUAUUCGCCAUAGCAACAUUAUACUUACUGAACCCAAACAACAAAAAUUUGAAACAAUUAUUGUUUAAAACUUUGAUCAUGUGACUGUUUAUGUUGUUUAGUAAACCCGUUAAGAAAACCAUUCAAGGAGAAGGUCACAUUCAAAAAUGUUUGGUUUUACCGUAGUUUAAAGUCUUGUAAUGAAUGCAUCUUGGCUAUAGUUAGGUGUUUUCGAUUUUCUUUUUCGUUCUUGGUUAUACUGAUUCUACGCGUUCAAAAUUUAGGGUCUCGGUUUAUAGCCAAGAUCAGCUUAUAUGGUAAAAACCCACAUAUAGGAACUUAGAAUUUUUGAGGUCAGGCUGAACAGGUUCUUAUAUUUUAGGGUAGCUUUUCUCAAUUCGAGUUGAUUAGGUUCUUAAAAGGUUCUUAUUUUUCUGAGGUUGUCAAAGGUUAACCAUUGGCAGAAGUAUUAGAAAUAUUGUACUACUGAUACAUAAUGGCAAACAAUUAAGGUCCAAGAGGAAGCUUAAUACACUUCUAUAUUUUUCAAUAAGAUUUUGAAUCGUCUGUAUUGUACGGUAGCUCUAAUGGAAAACAUACUUCUAGUGAAAAUCCAAACAAAUGUAAAUCAAAGAAAACAUAUACACAAUAACCUUUUGUCAAAAGUUUCUCACACAAUUAAAAUCGAGGAUUUUGACGAUCAAAAUUAGAGUGAUUUUUUUGUUUAAGAACCUAUUUUUCUUUGCCAGGCUAAACAGGUUCGUAUAUUUUUGGGUAUUGAAAUGCCAAAUUUCAGCCUGUAGGUUUUUAAAUCACUAGGUUCUUAUAUGCGGGUUUUUACUGUAGCUGAAUAAAAGCGGUAUUCACAAAGCAACAUUAUACUUACUGAAUGACGGUCUUCAGUGCAUUCAUGUACACUGCAUUGUUACAGACUCAAAAUAAUGAUCAGUCUGAAUUCUGCUGCAGCUGAAUUUUUUGUGAAAUUACUGUUAAGUUCCAAAACUAAGCCCCUCCAUGUAUAUGUAUGAGCCCCUGCCAAAAAAGGCCCCCCAAACUCGCAACACAAAAAACCCCCCAUUAAAUCGCCCCUCCAAAUAUAACCUCCCCAGGGCUUCUACUUGGAAAUUGCCUUCAAAUACAAAGUAAAACAAAGCAAAAAGGGAAAUUUUCUUCCAACUAUAAGGCUAGCCCAAUCGAUUUUAAAACACAAAUUUCCCUCUGUAGAUAAGCCCCUCCAUGUAUAAGCACCUCCAGAAAUAAGCCCCUCAAAAAGGGCCUUUGAAAAAUGUAAACCCUGGGGCUUAUUUUCAGAAUUUUAUGGUAGCCAAUUUGCCUUGAGAAUUUCAGAGAAAAAAAUGGCUGCUAAAGCUAUUUGAUCUGUUUUUUGGGCUGUAAGAACUAAAAUUGCCCAAAAAUCUGUUUAUGAGCUCUAUGGCCUCCUGUUGCAGUUGCACAAUAUUAGUUUCCGAAGUUUGGUAAUAUUUUUGUUUGUUUGCAUGGUUGGUUUAUUUUCAUUGUUUGUUUGUUUGUUUUCUUGGGGUUUUUUUACUGGACAUUUACUGGGCUUUAUUUCAGUGGGAAUAGUUUUUUUGGAAAGCUUUUAGGAUUGUAGGAUACUAAGAUGGAAGGACCACAUGCAGGUGGGUAGUGAAACAAGAUUUUCAAUGGAAUUUUGGGUUAGUUUUUAUAUUUUUUUGUAAAAAAGCGAAAGUUAUAGAUGUCAUUAGUCUCGCUUGCGUAAGCAGUGCUCAAGACUCAUAAUCUGCAAGCCAUUUUUUUUUCUAUUUAUGACACAGAAACCUCAUAUCCUCAAGCAGCUGUUCAAAAUACUGGAGUGAAAACUUUUCAGUCGCUUACUCUGACAGCUAGCUUUGAAAUUCUGGUUGAUCUGGGCAUGGGUUUGACUGUACAGAGCCAUGUCCUUUUUUUUUCUGAUGUAUCAGGCAAGCACAGUAUCUUCAAUGCUUUUGUAGCUGAUUUUUGUCAUCAUUUCAACUGUAAAUUGUCUGAAUUAAGCAUUCUCAAUAUACCCCAUAGCAUUUCUAAACAUGUUUUUCUUUCUGAAGCACUUGUGAUCUGAAGAAAUGAUGGGCUGUGGUAACAUGAAGUCUAAGGUCUGUGACGUAUUUCCUUUUCUUUCUGCUAAAUGUUCAUGCCCAGGCUGAGUUUUCAGUGGUUGCGUCCUUAUGCUGCCGAAUGCAAAUAUUCUUAGUCACUUGAAUCCUGCUAGAGAAAGCAAGUUAUAAUUAUUCUCCUUAUGUGAUACAUGAGCCACUGGGCUUGAAGGUAGACUGUAAAUUAUACCAUACAGACUGUACCUUUAAUAAGCUUAUGGUAAGUGUAUAUAUGGUUAAAGAUAAAAUCACAUUACGACCUGAUUAUGUAGUAAUCCUACAUUAAUUAACCCACAAAACUCGUCUCAUUUGUUGAAACACGUGUCACAUUACGCCCUCCCCAAUGUUGAUUCACAUACUCGUAUCACCCUUCUGCAAAUGGACGAGAUUCUCAACUUUGGGGAAAGAGAGGAGAGAUAAACCCAGGAAAAAGUUAAAUAAGUUGAUGGAGAAGGCAUGACCUGAAAAAUCCUCACUUUCAUUCUGUGUUUCAAUGAAAUUUGAUAAGUAUUGCAGCCCAAAUAGGAUUUUUUUUUUCCACAGGCAGUUUUAGAGAUCCACUACCUUGAAUUUUUUUCUUGUGCAUAUUUGUGGUGGGUGGGAUGUUUCGGGCUCUUGGUCAAAGACAGUCACAAAAGUGUAGGAGCUUUUCACUUAUAUCACUAUUAAUUUCAGACUUGGCCAAAAACCGUACCCAUACAUAAGAAGACUUUGGGACCCAUGGUAGAGAUUCAGCUUUAUCCCCAACAGGAGGACGAUGUAGAGGACAUUAUUAAUUUUUACAAGCAAUGUCUUUCUUAAUUAUUCCUGUUUAGUCUUUCCUGGGAAAUGUUUUAUGCUCCUUGUACUUGUCUAUGCAUAUAGUUUACACAAAUUAGCCUCCAAGCUUUUCUCAUGGUUUAAAUUGCACAAAUGCAAUAUUAUUGAAUGAACACUUCUUUUUGUGUUGAUACAACUUACUGUAAUAGUAAGAUAACUGCAGGCAUACCAUGCAUGUACCAUUUAAAUUUUCGUACAGUUUCUGUAGCAGAGUGAAGCAGCACCUCGGCAAUCUUGAAAGUGGAUCACAUAUCAGACAGGUUUCAGUGCCACUCUUUUGUGCAAUGUGUACAGGUGUGCCUUCUAUACCAGUUAGCUUGUGGCUAUGAAAAAAUAUGUGUAAACAUAGCCUUAGUAACAGUGUAGAAAUUAAUAUGUCUGUUUAUAUAAUAUGGGCCAGCGUGAGAGGUAAAAAAUUCAGUAUUUCUGUAAUCCUAAUAUCGUCAAAUUUUUUGCCUGACUCUUAUAUGCUUUGAUGGUUGAAGUGCUGAAUCUAUGGCUACAUCAUGGUGUACAUGGGUAAUAUUAUUACUGAGAGUGGAGAGUCCAUUAAUUUGUUUUGUUGGUGAUAAACAUUUUUUGUUUUAGAAUAAUGAUUUCUUUUCUUAAGCGAAUGUCCUAAAUUACAAUUUUGUUAGCCUCUUGUACAAAUAUAACAAUGUUAUUUGGGAUAUAUCGUUAAUGAAUUGUGGAAUUUAUUGAUAUGAGGUUAGAGUACAUCCAGCUAUUAAUAAUACUGGUUUAAUUUUGCCAAAGAUAUUCCGGACAAAAAAUUAUCAGGUUCUGUUUCUUUCAUUUUAUUUAUCACUUGGUUUAACCUCUGAGCUUAUAGGAUUACUAAUCAAAGUAUUAUUUAUCCAACUUCUGGUAGCUAAAAACACCAGGGAUAUUUGAGCUCUCGUCCCUUCUAGGAAAUACAAAGCAUUCUGUAUCUCUGUAUGUCCGAAUAUUCGUAAUCUUUAUAGCUCGUGAUAACAUAUGUUGUAGAGGAGACUUUACACUGUUUGAAGAACUCAUUUUCCUUGGAUCGUAUUAAAUUUCGUUUGUCGCAUUUUUUUUUAUUUGUUGCAUAAAAUCCCCAGUGUUUUUUUGAAGAAAGGGAAAACGUGGGUUUGUUUACAUGGUGAACGUGACCGAAGUAUCGUUCUAUUUUGCUGAGUGAUGAUGACGUCAGUGUUUCAUGUAUAGAGCCACGGAUUGGCCAAUCAGGGCGUGUUUAAGAAUGCGACACUCUUUUAUCCGUGACGUAAGCACAAACCUGAUAGGUUCAGGAAACACCAGUUUUGCCACAUCUUUCCACCAUUUUCCGGCCCUUCUUGCAAAACAACCGUACACAGGAAAAGGAAAAGUAUAUCCUUCAAAGGCAGCAGCUGUAAAGGUGUGUCGAAAAAGCCAUCUUUUUGAGCAAAGCUCCUGCCAUUUUUCGAGUGUUUUGCUCUGUAACCGUGACAAUCGCCUCGAGUUGAUUCAGUGGGUGGAGCCCGAUGGCCAAGGUUAGCGUUGUGAUUGGUUGGUAGAGUCUUAUUUGACAAAGUAGGUCUCGUGAUCCCAUAUACCCCAGUGGUCGGAAUGAAAACAAUAACAAAGAUGAAAAUUUUGCCUCGAACCACUGGCAAAAUAUCUGUGUUUUAUCCUUGAAAGCGAACGUUUACAUUUUAUUCAAUCAUAGAAGUACAUGCUGCAAGGAGUAGAAUUUACUCCAGUAAGUAUGUGAAUCGGAAAAAUUGCCCCUUAUUCUCUAUAGAACAAAUAUCCACGCUCUUUCUAAAAAUUUUCGCUCGUGAACGACGGGUUGUAUUUGCUCAGUUAUAUAAUAAUUGCUUCCUCGUAUGUUUAUUUCUUAGCUUCCAAAGGACGUGGAGAGUUCAUUUGAGGACAGCUUUCGGGGUGUGUUUUCUCCGUUCGAAGACGAUGAUUUUGAGGCUGGAAGAGCGAUAUUUAUGGGGGGAACGAACGGAGAAAAAUUUGGUUGGGACAAUUUCCAAGCGUUGCCCAGUUCACCUCUUGGCGGGUAUGGGGGAGACCUUGAUUUUGAGUUGGAAUUUUUCAGAAGUGAUAGAAUAAAUGAGGAAUGCAAAGUAGCUGGGCCAACUUUAGCCGAGCUAAAUGAUGAUCACCGCUCACUGUCGCCGCUUAUAAAUCCAGAAAUGGAGCGACUUCAUCGCAUAGCCACUCGAACGGAAGGCGAAUUAUCCUCUUCAUGGGAUUGCUCAACAUCUCGCAAGCCGCAGGGCUAUAUCGCUUUGGAGCUUACUGCAGAAAAUGUUGAAAGGCCGAGAAGUAUUGAAAUAAAAAAAGAACCUGUCGCUUCUAUUGCUUCUAACUGCGAGUAUAACGACAGAUUUGAAAACCCUGCCAACGUUAGACAAACGGAAAGGAAACCUUCAAGUAAACCAACCUGGACUCUGACCCAAGAAAAUGCUUGGCGGAGCACCGUGGAACAAUUGACGCCCGACCAAGGAAAACCGACGAGAAUGAUUGUUUUGCCGGACAGAAAAUUAGGUUUGGGUAGCGAUGAAGUUAACCAAAUGCCAAAGUUAGUUUCUGCGGAAAUGAAAGGUCGAUUUUAUGAGGAGCGCGAGGAAGGACAAUCGCGGAAGAAAGUUGAUAGAGACAGUGAAGCCGAAACGAUGGAAGCUGAGCCGAACAGCCCGGCGAUGGAAGAGGAAUCGGCAGAUGAGGAGAUGGAUAGCGACGACGAUUUUGAUGUGGGUAACCACUCGCAAGGAGCUGGCUUAGCUAGGAAUAGGAAGGGUCGGAGGGGGGAACACGAUGACCUUUCCCCAAAUCCAAGAAAACUGUUGGAAAUUAGCCGAGAAUUGGAUCGCCUGAACAAAGUUAUUGGUGAUUUAAAACCGAUCCACCAGUUACCACAAAACGCCAGGAACAAGUCGAGGAAAGAGAAAAACAAGCUUGCUUCAAGGUAUUAAAUUAUUAGAUCAAUUGUCCUGACAGUCCAAACAUAUCAGGUGAUAUUUUGUUAGAAAAUUCUAGAACAGUUUACUGUUCAUGUGCAACUGGAAAUGGCAAAUUUACUGCCCUUGUCAAUUUCGUUCUUGCACAUGUGAGCUUAAAUGACAGUCUUCCUCCGCGCCUGUGUUAAAAUAAAAGGUUCAUUUGUUAUUGUGUAAUUUUUCGUGUCAACAGCCGUUGUUUUAGAUAAGGCAAACUCGCCAUUUUGAAAACAGUCUGUAGUCUUUAAUCCAAAAUUAUUGGUCCUGGAUUUCUGUGAUGAGUGCAGGCACAUGUUGGUCAGCUGAGGUUUAUUUUGUUUGUUUUCAUUAGGGAGUCAAAAAUAAAUUUUUGUACUUGUGCAUACACUCACGAUUGCUGAACUUUGGCAUGUUAUUGAUUCAUGACAAAAUGUUGAAAAAAUUCCCUGCUGUUACAGGAAAAAAAAAACAAUAACAACAUUUCAGUGGGAUAUUAAAAUUAAUUGUAGGGAUAUAGGACCACGCUUGAGAUGGAAAAUUAACAGGGAAUGGAAUUUCAAUAGUGGGAAAAAAUCUUGUGCCAUCCUGUACUAAGCUGCCUUAAAUUCAGGUUGUUUCAUGCUUCACUGGGUAUUUAUAGUACAUUAAAGUUAUUUGAAAGUUCUUAGAUGACAGUUUGGACAUUCUUCUGACCCCUCAAUUAUUAGUCACGAAUAUCCGAGAUCAGAAAUUAAUUGUGACUUUUAAACAGAGCAUUAUGAGUUUACAUGCAUGUAUAAAAAACACAGAUGUGGCCAAUUGUUGUUUUUGUGAAUAAGGGUAUUAGAGUGUUAAAUUUCUAGUUUUAACUGCAGGGUGGCUUCUUAAGAGAACUUCCAAAAUGGUAAAGCUGAUCAAUUAGGAUGAAGCCUGAAAUAAGCAAAAACAAAAGCCAAAUUCAUUAUUAGCCAUACGAUACAGGUACAUGUAUAUUUUUAACCUUAUAACGUCUUCAGCUGUGUCAAAUUUCUUUAAAACAUUUCCUGUUCCUUGGAAGUGUCAGCAUGUGAAGGAGUGUUGUUUUUCUGUGGAUAUUCCUAAAAAAGCAGUUGGCAUCCAUCAAGUUGUAUUUUUUGGGUACAGUGUCUCGUUGCUAUCUUUUUUGGUCAGUAAUUAAACUACAUUUAUUUCAUCUUUGCAUACAUGUAGCUGUGAAAGGUUGUGCCAUUUUCAUGAGGCUUGCACUGCUGUUCGUAACAGCUAAGCUGGACCACACCGCUGUCUUGUGUAACAUCAUGCACAGAUAAUUUUGCUGUAUUAUUCCACCAAUGACAUCAGUGGUGGAACAAACAUCCAAUAGCUUCCAAAUUUGGCCAGUACUUCAAAGCUGGUUGUGUAAAUUAAUUGAUUAUAAUGAGCAUUGACAUGUAUAGUCACAAAAAUUUUGCAUUAGUAUAUUUUAAUACCAUUGCAACUGUAUAAUAAGAAUAAGCAGACCUUAUUCACGGUACCCGUCAUCUUUGCACACGCUUUAGAAUUGAUGGACUAAAAGCAGUGAGUGUCACAUGGUACAGUGUAAUUCAGGGGGUAAACAAGUGAUAAAAUUUGCCAUUGUAAGCAAUUGCAGUCAAGUUUGUUUAUUCUGUCAAAACAAGACGACAGAUUACAUGUACAGGCUGUAGUGGUCUUGCUAAAGUUUCAACAAGUGAGAUUUAAGUCAUUAUUGUCUGCUGUGGGGACAUCUACUGGUGGUAUUGCAUCCAAAGAAGUAAAGCGAUCACUUCUACCCUUAAUUUGCCAUUAUCAUCUUAACUGUAAGAUGAAAAGUUCCUCAUUUGCUGUUGUUUAGAAUAAACAAACUUGGUUGUGAUUUAUUGUUUGCCCCUGAGAAAUUACAGUAUAUGGCAUUGCUUUAGUCCCAUCAGUGCUUAAGUGUGUGUAAAGAUGGUGGGUUUUGUGAAUAAGGUCUAUUAUUCCAUUACAUACAAGAUUUGACUUUGCAUGUAGUUUACUCAUGUGAUGGUACUGUAUUAACUUCUUGGUCUUAUAUGUUUACAGGGCUUGUAGAUUGAAGAAGAAAGCUCAGCAUGAGGCUAACAAGGUGAAAUUACAGGGAUUAGAGAUGGAACAACGUAAGUUUUUUUCUAUGUGGAUUCUUCUUUCAUGGGGUUACUCUGGAUUUCUGGAUUUCAAAGAAAUUUUUGGGGGUUGAAAAGGAUGGUCAAAGAAUUUUUCCUUUUUGGGGCUUGCAUGUUUAAUUUUCCAAUUCAGGAAAUGUUUUUGGGUGAGAAAAAAAUUUGGUGACGAAUAAACAAACACAAAUAAUUUCUGAUUUAUUUUUUAAUCGGUGGCUUGAGUUAAUUUUUGCCUCCAUUUGAUCAUCCUCAUCAGUUGGAAUCUUUCUUCUUUUUUUUUUUGUCUCUUAUUGAGUUACAGGAGCCCACUGUUCAUUGUAGACAUUCUUCAACAUUAGACAGCUGUCCAGCUUUGUAAAGAAAAGAUUAGGGAUAUUUGGAGCAGAUGUCUCAGUCUUGGCAUUAUUGCUUAGUGACAUACCGUACAAUUCCGAAAAUAAGCCCCGGGGCUUAUAUUUUUCAAAGGUCCUUUUGGAGGGGCCUAUAUUCGGAGGGGCUUACGUACGGAGGAAAAUUUGCGUUUCAAAACCGAUCAGGUUAGCUUUUAGUGGGAAGGAAAUGUUUUAUUUACCAUUUUUGCUUUGUUUGACUUUGUAUCUGAAAGCAAAUUCCAAGUACUUGCCCCGCGGGGGCUUAUAUUUGGAGGGGCGAUUUAACUGAGGGUUUUUCACGUUACGAUUUUGUGGGGCUUAUAUUUGGAGGGUUUUAUACAUGGGGGGGCUUAUUUUCGGAAUUUUAUGCUAUCUUUACAUUGUACAUGCAGGCUCAAAAUACAACAUUGUUUUGGUCAUCUUCAAACUCUGUCUCAGGCAUUUAAAUGUACAACUCUGUUGUGAAAUAAAUGUAGCACUGUUUCCUAACAAGAGUAUUUGCCAUCAAGAUGAUGAUGUCAUUAUUGAUGUGUUAUGUAAGAAGUUCCAAGUGCCUCAUGAAGUGGCAAUAAAAAAAUGUACUUGUAGGAUGGUGUGGCUACAAAUGCAAUUAUUCACUCUCUAUUUAAAUAAUGAGGUCUGUGAUAAUGGUGUGUGGUCCAUGCUAAUGGAAAUAAAUAUUAUUGGAACAAUGUACUGACUGCUCACUAAAACGUUCCAGUUUUUGAAAAUGAAUUGCGGUGGCUAUUCAAGAUCAUAUUUCAAUUUCUUUAAUUUACGCAGUCACACACGACGCACGUAAAUACAAACCUUCAAUACAAAUGUACACUGUAAAAACAGUUUUGAUAGUUCAAAAGAUAGGCUUGAUACAAAAAUACUGAGUCAUGUUAACCUGCAACUUCACAGAAAUUUCAGUUGCCUGAUCAGGCAACUAGGAUCCUAAAACUCGGAUGAAAUUUUAGUUCAAGCCCUGCAAAAUGAAUGUGUCCACGGAUGAAAUUCCAUGGGUAAAAGCCAUUUACCCAAGGGUAAAACACUGCAUCCAUUGAAGCUUUUAACCUUGUAAGUCCCAAUAGUGAUCAACAUCAAUUCUCUCCCAUCGAUAUCCAUACACUGUCAAGAGAUACAGUUAUGAGAAUUAAUGAUCACCCAAGAGAAAAUUCUUUGAUCUUUUAUUAAAAUUUAAUUCUCUGAGCUUAACUUCUUUAAGGAAAUGUAUGGAGAUCAGUUUGGAGAAUUUGUAUGUGAAUAUUGGGGCUUAAAGAAUGAAAAGAGAAAAAAUCAGGGUUGGUAGACUAUGGGUAUUAACCAAAGGGAGUAUUGUCCUUGACAAAUUUUUUUUAUCUUGUCAUUCCUUCAGAACGCUUGACAGAAGUCAUUGAAAAGGUGAGAAAGGAGAUCAUAAUAAAAGGCAGUUCUCCAGUAGCAGCACCAAAGCCAAGCUUAAGUGGUCAAGUUGAGUCCCUCAUCAAGGCUACAUUUGGUAGGUUUGGUUUCAUUCUUGAGUGCUUUUGUACAGGUAGCGGUUGCACUUUCUCAAGAUUGCCCCCUAAAUAAUUGGUUCAAAUAGACUCUUGGACCCUAGGGGUGCUCAAGAUUAAUGAAUGGAAGCAAUAAAAAUGAAUUGAGGACACCAAAAGUAUAACACUUUAUUCUUGAUCAGUGAAUGUGUAGUGUACAUGUACUUGAAGGUGACGUCUGCUUCUCCAUACAAAUUACUUGUGCCUUGAAUAUUCCUGUGUAGCAAAAGGCACCUUUUGAUUUACAUGUAGGUUAAGAGUCACCAAGGGCCUUAUUCCGUAAAACAAUUCAUUGCAAGAAAGUCAAGCCUUUGACAGUUUUAAGUUUCUUCUUUAUACAGUGUAGAUGAUGAUGUAAUUCAUGUCUUAGCCUACAGUGUCAGACCCCUCAAAAAUCAUCAGGGGGGGUAAAAAGCAUGGAAAAGGGCUGUCUAAAGUGCUAGUGAAGCAACAACAUACAUACAUACAUACAUACAUACAUACACUUUAUUGAUGCUCCCUAAGUGGGCUUUUCAGCUCAAUAGAAUAAAAAAAUACAAAUAUAUAAAUUAAUUGAGAAUGUAAAUACAAUAAUAUUAUAAUUACAAAAUAUAUAUCAAUAAUAUAAUAUAUCAACUUAAUAAAACAUUUGCAAGAUGACGUCUAAAAUUCCUGGGGCAUUUUAAGGACUUAAUGUUAUCCUCUGAAAGCAAAGGAGCGCUGCCCUGUUGACAGGCGACAUAAAGGUAUAUCCAAAGCACCAGAUGAUCGAGUUUGUCUAUUAUGGACUUGAGAACGUGAUUUAAACAUAUCAGCAAGAUAGUCUGGAACAAGCUUGUUAAUACAUUUGUGCAACCCUUCAGGCCUCUGCAUGUUGUAACUUUGUGUUGCGUAUACAUGUGGUAAAUUUAGUGAAAAGGGGGUUGAUGGGCCUGCAUUACAGCUCUCAUCUCAUAAACUUCAACAGCAACUUGCCUGAAGGGCAAGCAAUUUUGUAAUUUUUUUUUGUUUUCAUCUUGUCCAGUUUCUUGUGUGCAGAUGUGUGUUAGUUAGAGUACACACAUCCUUCAAAUGCAUUCACAAGUCUCAAAGCAGUUUUUUUUUAAUGAUGAAUGUGGUAGUUGUAACUUUAAAGCUGUAUAACACAUGCUUUUACGAAGCUGUCGGCACAUGCAUGUACAUGCUUUACUGUAGGAGGCUACCAUAAGUAAUUCCUGUUGUUAUUUUUCUUAGGAAACCAACUUGUUGCUGGGCACACAUCUGACUUUGUACAUUCUGUUUUGAAAGCUACUGCCAGAGAGAAUCCAUCACUUGGAGAGCUUGAUGAGCUAAGUUUGUGCUUCUAAGCAAGUGUACAGUAAUAACUAUGCUUGAACUGAUUGUCAGUUUGCUUGUAUCAAAGUAAUGAUACAGACAAACUGAGGAAUCCUUUGGCUUGAUGCAUAAAAUGUUAAUAAUGUUUUCUUUUUUGAUGAUUUUUUUGGUAGUUAUGGCAUGCAAGCAUGUUAAAGUGAUCUCUAACAGAAUAAUGAAUAAGUUAAUUUUAACUCGUUCAAACAAUAUUGAUGAUACAGGUGAAAAUUAAAUUCAGGUUGAUUCUAAAUUCCCUUUGUCUCCUAGCCCUAAUCAUCCAUGAAUUAGGGCGGCUUAGCAGAUGAAGGGAAUUGAGAAAUAUUGUCAAGGAAAUCAAUUCUGUUUGAAAGGGUUUUUAUCCUGGACUAAAUAAAAUAAUAGAAAAAUAGAAUAAAGAGCUUGGCCAAUUUCCAGAGGUAUUUUGUAGAACAAGGAAGAAAGUAAUGGAGUUUGUGUGGUCUGAGAGGAUGUGGUAUGUUCGUGGCAAAAGUUUAAUAGUUGUGUGGGUUUGGUCAUGUACACAUUGAGUGGUUACUUUAAGCCUUUAAUCCCUUGGAUCAAAAUUUGAUUUUUAUUUGUUGUCCCUACUAAUUUUCUACUGAAGUACUGGGGAGAAGUUGAUAAAAAUAUCAAGCUAAUUCAUUUUGUGUGAUCAUGUCUGUAAUUCUCAUGAUCACUCUGUUGUACAAAGCAUUGAUAAUUAUUACAAGGAGAAAUUUGAUGCUGAUCACUCUUAGGGCUUAAAGGGUUAAUGUGUGUACAUGUAAUGUCAUGCACAUGCAAAAAAAUAUGGUGAAAAAAGAGUAGUUUUAGGUCUUUGUACUUAUUGCAUCUGCAAUAUUGAUAAUAAUGACAAUGAUUGCUUUAUUGAGUGCAAAGAUAGUUACAGUAACAAUGAAAGUUGACCACAUCAGGAGCUCCAUUUGAGUUUUUGAGUAACUGGAAUAAUAAUAUUGGAAUUAGACAAAGUGAAAUUGCCUUAAGGAGUAUGUUGAAAGAUCAUUGGAGUUAAAGAAGGUUUUAGCAACCAUGUGCGUGAAAAUAAUCUUUUUCGUAGUCAGAGAGUCUAUACAUACAUGUAGAAAGUGGAGAAAUUUUAAUUGGAAAGUUGAUUUCAUCAUAAAUUUAAUGUAGAAAUUUUGCACCUACUUGUUAUAUUAAUCUGGUAAAACAUACAUGUAAGAGGGAUAUGCUAUUUUAGUUUUUUUGUUGUUGAUUUUAGUCAGCCACUUCAGUGGUUAACUUCAAGUUUUACAAUACUUUCACAGAGGCACAGACUAUUUGACCAGUUCUGAUGCUAUAGCACUGACAAGCAUUAUUAAUAAGAUACAUACAGAUGGUGUAGGUUUGGUGUUACCAACCGUAAUCUGAAGGCAAUUUAUUGCUUUUAAAUUGGUUAGGUACAACUUGACCCUUUUGGGGGUUUUUUUGACAAAUAUUCAUUAAUUAUUUUUAUGUCAGUUUCAGAUCAGAACCAUUGUAGUGCUAUACGAGUAUUAUUUGGUAGGAAUAGUAUAGUUUAGAUCAUUAAUUUUUAUAAAUUUUUUGUUUCAACCAUUUUGUUUGGUAAUUGAAAGGGCUUGAGGAUUUGCAAUAAAACAGGAGAAAUCAGUAGUCAUUUAAGCUUGAACUGCUCCUCUUUCCUCUAGUCAGUUAAUGUUGCAUUUACAGUAUAUCCCACUAUAGUAGAUUACUCAUACUUUAAAUGUUCUUGCUAACUUCCACCAAAAUAAUGAGUUACUGUUUCUUUCUUUGACUCUGUUUUUUUUUAAAGUUUUGUUACUUCAAACAGUUCUGUUUCACCAGAACAUGUUCACUGUUUUAUUGUGACAUUAGCAUUGUUUGCUUCUUAUAGGAGCUGUAGUGAUCAAUAAUUUCUUUCAAAUGAAAAGUUGGGUUGAUAAUCGAGGAUAUGCAGGAAAUGUAUUGAAUGAGCUUGUACAAUGUAACUUCUUACAGUGAAUGGAAUGCCUUUUUUAUGACUGUAGGGUCUCAUUCUCAGACCGAGAAGUCACUUCACGUUUGAUAAGAAUAAGCAUUUUAGAAGGAGAACUACUUUAUUCUCAAAGAAAAGUAUUUUCAUGAAACUACAUGUAUUUCCACCUUUCAGUAAGUUGUUGAAACUGGAUGCAACACGUUCAUCGAUACCAAUAUCAGUUUUGUGUUGCUCUAAUUUCUGAGUUAUGUUAUUGCAGGUGACUGUCACACAAUGCACAGCUGUAGUCACACAGGUAGGUUAGUUGCAAGAAACUGUAUGAAUGCAGCUGUGCAUUGUGUGACAAGCUGUUCUGGUGUUUAUUAUUCUGUCUGUAUUAACAUUUGGUUUUGUUUGUUGAAAUGGCAGAUAGCUUUAUUCGUACCUUACAUCAACAUGUAUAAGCAUUGCUCUGUAAACAGGCUAGUUGGGUAGUUUCAAUCCGAGACUGACUGGGUAAGAACCCGUAUAUUAUGGGAUUUAAAAAGAGAUAAUUAUGUGGCUACAUAAUCUACAGUACUUCAGUGUUUUUUUUUAUUAACGCCAAACUUGGGCAGUUUGUAAAGCUUGAUGUGCUCUGUUAUUUCUUGCUAUGUAUGGAUCUUGUGUUUAUAAUCCCAUAAUUUACAGCUCAUACCCAGUCCCCCUCGGUUUGAAGACACAUAAUAGAAGGGAAAAACUAAAGGGAAGGGGGAGGGGGAGGGGUUGGGAGAGUCUUAAUUAUUUUACUAAUGUAGCCAGUUUUGGCUUUGGCAAUUAAGAUUGUUUUCCAAGGUUCUGCAGGUCAGACCUUGUGUCAUAGUUUCCUGGGAAUGCAUUGUUUGUCUAGACGGAAAAAAUAAAAAGCUGGGCUUGUGCCGGCGUUGUUGAAGAGUUUCUUAGAAAAGUAUUUGUGGUAUUUUCAAGGGUACAGGCUGUGUUAAGCUGCUUGAGGUUAACAAUGGCCAACUGGCCAAAGUGCAGUUGAUUGUUCAAUUUCUGGUAAUGUAAACUAAAAAGAACUAGACGGCAAGCACCCAACUUAAAAGUCUAACAAUUUAGGUGAACAAAGUGAGAAAACAAAAGUGACAACAGACUGUAACAGAAUCUUACAAGUAAUUGAACUUUUCUCGCUGAGUUUAUCGCACUUGGCUAAUGAGAUCUGCAGUUUUCUUUGUUAGUAAACGCUUGGCUGGUUGGCUGAAAAUUUGGUGUUAGACCUCUCUGGAUACAUGAAUGCAUUCCCCGGAUGUUAUGGUUAUCAUUGUGUAAUGUUAAACACCAUCUUUAACUCUCAAAAGCCUAUUUAGAUUAUCAAAGUGUCCUAUUUGUAACAUAAGAGGAGCAGUUAUCUUUAUAACAGUGUAAAAUAGAUUUUCUGUAUAUAGACUAUUUUAUUAUUAUUUGUACAUUGUAUAAAUACACGCCGAGGGUUUAUGGUAAAUUUUUUAAACCUGUAAGAUAGAACGGGGAACCUCCCACGUGGUUUCAUCAAAUUGUAUUUUCUUAUCGUUGCGUUUUUGAAGUUGGGAAUUAAUUUAAUUAGUCAAGGAUGGUCUUUAGAGUUUCUGUAUUAUAAGUCGUUUAUUAAAUUAUUUGAUUUCUCAACUAAAUAAAAGCGGAUUUAGUGUGUACAGAGUAUGUAGUUUGACUUGUUGUCUCCCUCAUUUACAGGGGGUUCUCGCAUCCGAUGAGAUUAUUGCCCCCGCAGGGAUUUGGCCCUAGUAGCUCGUGUAUAGAAAAGUACUUAAAGUUGAAAUAUACCGUCAGUAUACCAGAAAGAAUCUCGAUAUGCUUCAUAGAUCAGAGACGUAUGGAAUCGUUGGGUAAUAGUGACGUUUCUAUUGUUAAGCCCGCAAGUAAGAGAUUGUUAGGAUAACGUAAAACAGAAAAUCCCCGAAGAGACCGCUUAGGUGGAUUUUGUGACGCUUUUUCUUAAGCGCAGACGAAGUUAUAAGGUGGGUAUAUCCAUGGUAUAUAUAAACAACAACAACUUUAUUGACUUUAUCUUCGACAUGAAGAUUUCAGUACCAAAACAAUUAAUAUAACAAGAAAUGAAACAAAGUAAAAUAAAAGUUAAGUAAGAGAGAAAGGAACAUCAACUAUAUAUUGAACGUUAAGAUCGAAAAUUACUUGGUAAGUACGGCUUCUACCCUACUAAAGAAAGUUAAACUAGAUUUCGGAUUUAUAACAAUUUGGAAUAUUUUCAAUAUAAGAGGCACUAAGCUUUAUGAUGUUUUUAUCGCACAUAGACAUGAUAUAUAAAAAUAGUGCCUUGGAAGACAUACCCGUAAAAUUACUGGUUAUCGAGUAUAGGCUCUCCAAGAAGGUACCCCUUAUAUGAGAAAGUGAUGAGUCGAGUGAGUACAUUUCAACAAAUAGUUGAAUUCAUCACCAAAUUCGGAUCUAUUACAAAGGGGGCAAAGUCUCUCAACUCUGGGUAUCUUCUUGUA